AUGAAUCCCUCCAAUUCAAACUUGGAGAAACUCAUCACCCAGGUAGAAGCCCUCUCUUGGAAUGACCUAAAUCUGGAACCGGAACCAGAGGUGGCGAAGAACUUCUCUGAACUGGCACUAGUUGGCAAGCUUGUCUCCAUGAAAGCCCUUAACAGACAAACGUUCCAUGCAACCAUUAGAGCUAGCUGGAGCUUCGUGCCACACCUUUCCAUUGAAGAUGUAGGGGAAAACACAUUUCUUUUCACCUUUGCCUCUCAUCAGGAAAAACACCGAGUGCUGGACAAUAGGCCCUGGAAUUUCAAGGGCUUUCACAUGGUUCUAAGGCAGUGGCCCCCAGGAUUAAGCAUCCAUGAUAUUCCCCUUCAUAUGUCCAUUUUCUGGAUACAGGUCCACGGGUUACCAUUAGAAAUGUUGACUAAACCAAAUGCGGCAAAAAUUGGUCAAGUCCUUGGUAAUCUUCUAGAAGUAGACUUUGCAUCCAUCUUUGGUGUCACGAUCAGACGUUACCUCCGAAUAAAGGUGGAAAUCAACAUCAACAACCCAUUAUCAGAAGGAUUUGAACUUCUCUGUCCCAAUGGAAUCUCUCACAGGAUCUAUUUUAAAUACGAGCGUCUCUCGGAGUUCUGCUACACUUGUGGAAAGCUCGGUCAUAUUCAGCAAGCUUGCCCCACUUACGUCAAGCACAACACUGGUUCAUUGUAUGGGCCAUGGAUGCGUGCCCCCUCAGCAAAUAAUCGUCGAGGGAAUCCUUUUGAUCUUCCUCGAAAUGCAUAUGAGCUGCCGCCGCAUGCAAGCAUAACAUGUGAGCAAAUGAUGCGAGUUACCAACCCCACCUCCAUGCAUGAAAAGAGAGUCUGUGAUGAACCCCUGCCCAUUACUAGAACACUCAAGGACAUUGCUUACUAG